AUGUCUGAAAUCCUCGACAAGGCGCUGAAGCAUCUGUCGAUUGAGGAGGAGGAUGAACCGUUUGUGCUUCCUGACAGGCCAGAAUUCUACGCUACGGAGAGAAACUCUAUGAGUCUUAUCGGUCGUCUGUUAAACCCUCAUUGUCAAAAGAUGGGGGACCUUAUUCUCGAGAUGCCAAGGAAAUGGCAGCUCUAUAAUAGAGUGAGAGGAGUAGCUCUGUCAAAAAAGAGAUUUCAGUUUAUCUUUAAGCAUGAGCAUGACUUAAUUGAUAUUCUGAACAGAGGAGUCCACACGUUUGAUAACUGGUCGAUUGUUUUGGAUCGUUGGAUGGAGAAACCACCUGAAGACUAUCUCAAAUUUAUUAUGGUGUGGGUCCAAAUGAGAAACAUUCCGGUGAACCACUAUACCCCUGAAACCAUUGAGGCAAUGGGGGAGUUUGCUGGCCAUGUGGUUGAGGUUCCUUUCGACCCGGAGAAGGCACAGGUCAAAGAUUAUGUGAGAGUACUGGUACGUUUUGACGUCUCAAAGCCUCUGAGAAGAUCAAAAAAACUUACUUUACCUGGACGGGAGGUUGUCAACAUUCUGUAUGAUUAUGAGCGUAUCCAAAAGAGAUGUUAUACUUGUCAAAGAUUAACGCAUGAGCAAUCAAUGUGCCCUUGGCGUAAAGUGAAUAAGGAGACUAUGGUGGGAGUGUCCUGCUCUUCGGCGGAAAGCAAGAAUACUGAAGUGCUGAACUUUCUUGAGGAAUCUGACCCGCUCUUUGGAGUCCUCUCUAUCAAACAUCUCGGUUCCGACCCUGUUUCAGGCCGGCCAAAGAUUGCAAAGGAGGUUAUGGAUGGCAUGAGACAAUAUCUGCAAGUUGCUGAGGGGCCAGAAAAGAUGGCGAGAGUAGAAAGAAUCAAGAAAUCCCUGAAGGACAUGGAGAAUGAUCCUUUAGGGCAGAAACUCUUUCUGCGGUUGGAAUCACCUCCGAUACUGUCCUCAUCUCUUGAUAAAGGAAAAGGUGCAGUUUAUGACUUCAGCGCUCAAGCGGAGCCUCAACCAAGACAAGAAAAGCUUAUGGCAAGCGCUAUUGCGGCGGGUUCCAAGAUCCUUCAGUCUGGAAAGGUUGUUUCUCCUGCUGCGGCCCCUAAGGAGUAUGAAGUCUAUGCUCAGUCCGGUUUUCUUGUGGAGGGUUCAACGGGUUAUAGUGUAGGUAUCUCUGAUACUAGCACUUCCGGGACUCUGCUAAAGAAACCUAAACAGCGUAAAAGACCAGGAACCUAUACGAGGAAAGCAGCAGGGAAAAGGGUAGCGAAAGCUGCGUCUGAGGGUAUCGAUCAGGUGGGAGAAGGAAUGAUCUCUGACGGCAAGAGGAAAGCACAUGAUGAUGUCGAGCCAUCUAAAAGCUCUGCAAGGUUUAAGAAACCAUUGGUGGUCCCAAGUGAGGGACCGUCCAAUAUCUAA